AUGUUAAUCCCAUUUGUUUUCCUCAUGAUAACAGUCACACAUUCCUCUGAAACCCACAAAUUAGUAUACACACAAUGCUCAAACCGCACCUCACCAUAUCCCUCAUUGCUCCCAAUCCUUUUCCAACAACUCAUAACACACUCCUCGCAAUCCACCUUCUUCAAAACCAUCGUCGCAAAUGAGCAAACCGCCAUCUCUGGCUCCUUUCAGUGCAUGAAACAUCUCAGCUCAGACGAAUGCGAAAGAUGCGUGGCCAGAUCUUCGAGCUUGUGCGGAGAAAGUUUAGCAGCAAGAAUCCAGCUCCACGGCUGCUCUGUUCGAUACGAAGAUGAUGAUGGAGCUGAGGCUGAGGCUGAGGCAGAGAAUAAUAAAAUCCUUCAGCGGGGCUGCAGCGAGAGGAGGAUCGAGAGAGGCGGGUUUGAAGACGUUAAAUAUGCAGCGCUUGGUAUGGUGGAAAGCUGUGUGAUGAGCGAGAAUGGAUUUUGCGAGACGACAUAUGAAUCGAUCCACGUUUUGGCGCAGUGUGGGGAGAGUCUGAGGAGCUGUGAGUGCGGAGAAUGCGUGCAUCGUGCGGUGGAGAUUGCUUGUGAGGAGAGAUGCAGAUAUUCAGUUUCUGGACAAGUUUAUGUUGAUGGAUGCUUCCUUAGUUAUGUCUACAGAGAUGAGGGUUUUGGCACCUACGAGGGAGGAGGAGGCAGUUCGCCAAAACUGGUAGCACUUGUUGUUGGAGGUUUAGCCAUUUUAUCAGUCGGAGUUGGAUUAUGUUAUUUUAUGAAGUCAUGUGGGAAGAAAAAAGAUGAUUGGUGACCGAUCGGAUGACAACUUUUUCCAUUGCCGAGAGCUGUAGCUUUCGCUUUCGCCUCACCGAUCAGUUGUUAAAUUAUUAUAUGGGUUUGCUCAUGUUGUUUUGGUAUGCUUGGUUACUUGUAGAUUAGUUCUUGAUG